GCAACUGUGGUGAUGUGGAAGAUCCUCCAGGUGCCCUAUGUCCCACAUGUAGUGACACUGGAUUUCACCCGCCUGUUUGUCCACCUCCUCUUCCAAGUGUUCUUCAGCACUUUGGACAUGCCAGAGGAGGUUGAUAAAUUCUGGAAGGGAUGCCAGCAGCAACACGGCCUUGCUGCCAGACCCAACAGGUUUGCAGUGCAGACCCUGAAGUCCCUGCUCUGCAGAAUGCAGUGUGAGGAUGUGGUGAUGGCAAUGGAGCGCAAGUAUGGCUGGGACACGCUGCUGUGUGCUGACACCCACCACUAUGCCGUGGGUCUGCUGGCCAGAGUAAUGCGCUCUUCAUCCAUAGCCUUGUGUUCUGGGAUUGCAUUGUACCUGCUAAGGCUGCUCAGCAUGGAGAUGCCAUGCUGGGAUCUUGCUGCCCUGGCAUUCAUUGUGGAGGUCCUGGAAUGCUUGGACGUGACCAAAUAUGGGACCAGUCUCCUGGAGAUCAUCUCAAAGAACCUGCAAGAGCGAGUGCAGGGAGAGGUGUCACCUGGCACUCAGAGGCCUUGUGGUGCUUGGCCCCAUGAAUCCCCGCAUGGUGAAAAGGGGCAGCUGCUGAAGCCCUGCCAGCAGCGCUCUGUGCCCCUGCCCACGGACACCGGCUGCGGCCCGGACACUUUGUGCCCUGUGGAUUUCAACACUGGUGCCCAGGUGGGCCUGAAGGAGCCAAUGCUUAGGUCUUUUUUUUUCUUUCCUUUCAUACAGGAUGAUAGCCAGGUGCAGCUGUGUUCAAUGAAUGUAUUUCAAGACAUGAUGGAGUUAUUAAUGGAAGAGGAAAGAAAGGCCCUGAAAUCGCACAUGCGCCAGAGCCUGUUCCCACUCACUUUCCACUGCCACAAUGAGAAUCUGUAUGUAACAGAGGCCUCUUGGGAAACGCUGCAUUGUUCAUCAAGAUUUCUGAAGAGGAGGGAUAUUAAACAAAUGCUGCAGGUGGAUGAGACAUGGAACUUCGCCGAGUGCCUGCUGGCAGAGGACAGGAGCCGAGCGGCCGAGCACCUGCGCCAGGCCCUGCCGUACCUGGAGAGCCCACAGGAGCCCCUGCGAGAGGCGGCCGUCAGGUUCAUGGGUGAGCCCGGGUUCCCUCCCCGCCCCGCCGCAGCUCGGCCCCAGCCCCGCCUGCUGCCCCGGCAGCUUCUGCCAUCCGGACCGGCGCCGCUGAGCCCCGGCUGCUCUCGGGGCUGCUGCCGCCCUCCCGCAGCCGAGCCCUUGGGCGGCAGCAUGCGGCAAGGGCCCGGGCUGAGCCCUGCCGGCCACGAGGGCGAGUGGCCACAGGGCUGGCAGCGCCGCUGGCAGGGAGCUGUGCCGCUGGGCAGAGCCGUGACAGGCUCUGUGCUCCCAGGGAUGGCCGGGCAGAGCCUGAGGGGGCAGAAGGAAGAACUCCAGCUCAUCUAUGAGGGUGAGUGAGGGCAGCGGGCUGGCAGCGGGGCUGGCAGGAGGAGCUGCAGGCCCUGCCCCGGCUGCGGAGGGCUCUGCUCCCUGUGCGGACGGGGGGCGGCGUGGGCAGAGCACACAGAGAUUUCAGGGGCCCAUGGGGGAGUCGUGGCCAGCAGCUUCGUGCUGAUCCCGGUGGUCCCUGCUCCCUCCUGGCCAUGGCUAGAGCGGGAUGGAAUGGCCCUAGCACGGGAGUCUCCUCGGGUCCCCAUAGAUCUGGGAACUGACCGUGGCUCUGUUCCUUUCACUUCCAGCCCUCGAAGAUAUGACAGCAGCCCUGCCAUUAGAAACCUUUCAGCUGAAACAGCGUUCAUCCUCCGGGCAAUACAAGGAGCUCCGUACUCCUCAUUGCGGAAGCUGCAAGACCGAUUCCGCGGGGCGUGCAAGAGACGGCCUCGUCUGUGCAGCAGUGCCUGGCUGUGCUGCUGGAGCUCUGCAGAGAGCUGAUCUUGUAGGCUCUGCCUGUUGGAGCCACUUGAACCAGCGAGGCAGCUGGAUUUUUCCUUUCUUCAAGUUUGUUCUCCUUUUGUUUUACUUUAUUAUAGAAAUGUAGGAUUUGUUGC